UGUCACUGGAGAGCUCGCUCCGACGCUCCCGAACGAUGACAUAAGCUUUUUUACCUCUUUCACCUUUGCGAUUCGUUGUUAUUGGGAAGUUUUCAAUUGUUUCAGAGAAAACUGUAGUAAUUUCGAAUGUUUACAUGACUAAAAUUCCCAACACGAGUCAUCCGUAUCCGCAAACUGCUUCGGAGGUAGAUGCACAGUGGUGCUAUACAUUUUCUACAAAAAAACUGCGCGCUACAGCGAUUGCGUUCCGUUGAGCGGACCCACGAUUCAUUGGAGUGUACAGUGGACUUUAGAUCUGCGCUGCAUUAUUAUUUGUCCCGCUUCUUCGGAGUUAUUGGACGCUCAAGCUAUGCAUUCGCAAGUGAUUGUUAUGUCGUUUUUGCCACCAGGAAGUGAUCCGGCUGUCAAUCGCGCUGCAAGCGGUGGCUCCACGCUGUUUGGAGUUUGGGAGAUGAAUGCCGCGCACUUCAGUAAGAAGUUCAUUGUGAAAUUCUACUAUCCCUCUUUCUCAGUGGAAAUCCCCACCAUUUGUGCGGAAUAUCAAGUGAGCAUUAACUGCUUGCCGGCUUUCGUGCUGAUCCGCGAUCGACAGGUUGUGCACGCAGUCGGCGUUCCGGAGGGUGGAGAUAUUGGUUCAGAUAUGUCGCAGGCUUUGGGAGCGCCUCUUAAACUCUACGCUGAAAAAAAACAUCUCGGGAAAGAUUCGUAAUUUCGUAUGAUCCCGAGCCGGACGAGAAUCAGCUUCUUUUGUACAGCAUGCGAUUCUGCCCGUACGCGGAGCGAGCUCGGCUGAUGCUGAACCUUAAGAAAGUCCAGUACGAACUGGUGAAUAUGAACACAACCGAUUUGCCGAAAUGGUACGCCGAUUACAGUCCACUGGGAGACGUACCUGCGCUGCGCGUACCCGGGAAGGUUGGUCUGCUGUUCGAUUCUGUGAUUAUGUCUGAGUACAUCGGCCAGAAUUUUCCUACUGAGCCGAAGUUGUUGCCGAAAGAUGAGUACGAAAAGGGGCUCCAGAAGGUCACCCUGAACGUUAUUACGCGAAAGGUUAUCAGCAAUUUGGAGGCUGUUGCUGCGAGAAACGAAAAAAUCGACGAGCUCAAAAAGAGCCUGAAAGAAGUGGAAGAAUUAAUGACCGGGCAGUAUUUCUCAGGCGACAAGAUGGGUUUUGUGGACGUGAUGAUCUGGCCGUGGUUUGAGCGUAUUGCUCCGGUGUGCGAAGUGUCGAUCCGAAAGUGUGAAAGUGUCGAUCUGAAAAUGUCGAUCUGAAAGUUAUCCCAAACUGCACGCUUGGAUGCAGAAUAUGCUGGCGGAACCAGACAUCGCUAAUGUCGUUUUUCCUCCGGGAAUCAUGGCGUCUUUUGUUAAGAGCGCCUACGUGGAUGGUAGAGCUGAUUACGAUAUCGCAUUUUGAAUCGACAGAUCGGCCCGUCUAAUUUUUUCGCUUUGUUUUAUCGUUUGUUUGCCGGCCAUUCAUUUUGGAAGAAUAAUUACAAAGUUUUCUCAUAACAGGUGAUGGAUCUUGCGGUUAUGCGCUUUUUCUGACCGCGUCUUGUAAUGCUGUUCUCUGUUUAGAUUUUACUGUGCUUCGCUGUGUUUGUGAGCGUUCCGGUUUACGGUAUGCGGUUAUCUGAAUACGUAAAAAACUCCUAGAUUAGUUUAUUUCAUGUUCUGCAACUUUGUGUUACUGGAGUCAAUGGUUGAAUAAGAUUAUUCG